AUGUUCUCAAAUAUAAAAGAAAACUGUUCUUUGAAUUGCUCAGAUAUGAUAAAUACAACGUCGAACAACGGUCUAUGUCGUCGUUACACCGCAUUUGCAAAUGAAGACAUUCCGCGGUUAUUCAUCAUCCUCAAUUCCGCCGUGAACAUCAUUUCGAUGAUGGUAUCCAUUUUGGCAAAUAGCCUGGUAAUAGCAGCGGUCUGGAAAACGCCUUCCUUACGCUACCCUUCAAUUUUACUUCUCUGUGGUCUCUCACUAUCUGAUGUUUUUGUUGGUUUGAUCGUGGAGCCAUUUUACGUCACCGUGGAAUUGUUAAAAAUUCAUGGUUAUCCAAAAGGAGAUGAUUGUACACUGGAAACGGGAUAUUUUGUGAUCGCAUUCCUAGUUUGUGGAGUUUCGUUUGGAAACGUAACUCUUGUAAGUAUGGAUAGAUACAUGGCAAUCCACUAUCCACUGAGGUAUGAUACUAUUGUUACUAUUCCGCGGGUAUACAUUCUCAUAAUUUCGUGUUGGGUUCUCAGCGCUUUUUGUUCCAGUAUUUUGCUAUGGAAUAUGAUCAUUUUUCUGUAUCUGGUGACAGUUGUUUGCGCAAUUCUCCUGAUAAUGUCAACAUUCAUCCAUAUCAAGAUCUACCGAAUCGUCCGCCGCCAUAAAAGUGUGAUUCAAGCUCAAGAACAGGCAGUCCACUCGACAAACACCGAGUUGAAUAUGGUGCGUUUUAAAAAAACUGCCAUGAACACGUUCCUUGUGUACUAUUUCUUAUUGCUAUGUUACCUACCCUUCGCUGUAGCUUGCAUUCUACAAAUUUUGACUGACGAAAAGACCAAUUCACCUAUCCUUUGGAAAGUGGCCACCACAACAGGGAAUUUUAACUCAGCACUCAAUCCGUUUCUUUAUUGUUGGCGACUCCCAGCUAUGAGAGGUCCGGUCACAGCUUUGUUUAAGAAGAUUUUCUGCCCUCUAAAAAUCUCCUCAUCAUGUAUUUUUGGCAACUAG